CGUGUUUUUAUGAGCUCCGCAUUCGCUUCGCUUUAGCAUCGCUUCACAACAGCGUUCCCUCUUUUCUGUCAUGGAAUUGACAGACACAAGUACUGAUCUUGAUAAUGUUUGACAUCUGAGUUCCCAUGACGACACAAUGAAAUAUCGUAAAAACGGUGUCUGAAUGACUGAGAAAAGACGUAGGGCAACCGCCGACCAUGCAUUUUUUCUGGAUCCUGUAGUUCUUUAAAUAAGGUAAAAUAGUCUCGCAUACGUACCCAGUCAUAACACGUUAACACUGCAGCCAUGCCAAAGUCGAACUCACAGUCAACAUAUUACAAAAGGCCGGAAAUUCUGGUCCUUCUCUACAUCGAUAACCGUGAGCUCGGACAUUGACAGUGGACCCGCUAUUUUACAAGCGAAACAUUGGGCAAUAUUUUUACCACAACGGCCGGCCUCUCUGAUACUGCGUAAAAUAUGCUUCUGGGGAGUCGUCGCGCAUUUUUUACAGUUGGCGCUGCUUCGAGUUUGGUCUGGACACAGGAAGCUAUGACAACACAAACCAUUUCUUUGCAAAAAGCGAUUACAAUCGUGGAAAAGCAUUGCCCGCACGAUUUUCUGAGCAGCGUGGUAAAGACAGGACGAUGCUUGUACCGUGGAGAAAAUAUGGACUCUUCAACGAUUGUAUCUGCUAGACCUGAUCUCCUCCAACCCGAGACGUACGGUAAUGAGGAUGCUCUCGCCUACUUUCAGUGCAUAGAGGAUCAGCUUCGUGGUGCCAGUGUCGGCGCUCUCCCAUCAACUGGACAUAUCGCUACAACUGAAAAAAGUGAGGCUGCGCGUUGGGGGGUGCCGGCAUCAGUUUGGCCGCUGGGUGGAGAUUUUCAGUUUGUGUGGCCCAGAAGUCGGCGAUUGAUUUUUCCGGGUGCUGAUAGAUGCCCAGACAAUGACUUGGUGCUCAACCAGGACUUGUCAGUCGCCUUGAAAUAUCCACGUGAGAUCUUAUUUGCCACGAACGCUACAGGCCAAAUUGAAGCCUCGUCCUAUUUGGCAAUUCCGGGAGAAUUAGACCGAUAUCUUUUGAGAAUUGCUAGUAGCAUGAAGUGA